UUUCUAUUUGUCUUUCUUCCUGGGUAGGGGGGUAUCUGGCUAUCUGUAAUCUUUCACAUCCUGAGGAAACGCACAGGCAUUAGCAUUUUUCUGACAGAAACAUGGGGAAGACGAAAUCUUUCAGGGACGACUUCGCAUUCGAGCAAAGGGUUGAAGAAUCGCGGGAUAUUGUGGCGAAAUACCCCGACCGAGUCCCUGUAAUUGUGGAAAGAUACUCCAGCAGCGACCUUCCUGAAUUGGAAAAGAAAAAAUACCUCGUUCCCCGGGACAUGUCAAUUGGACAAUUCAUUCACAUUUUAAGCAGCAGGCUCCAUCUCACCCCGGGAAAAGCUCUCUUUAUAUUUGUCAAUAACACUUUACCUCAAACAGCUAGUUUGAUGGACUCUGUCUAUGAAUCUUUUAAGGACGAUGAUGGAUUUCUAUACAUGUGUUACAGCACUGAGAAAACCUUUGGUUAGGCUUUUAGCCUGAGAGCCUGAGAUUGAGAUUUGGAUCCAUUCAGUAUUGUAUUAUUGCAUAUCUUGCAAAUCCCACUUUUUCCUUCAUCCAGAGAUUUUUUUUUUUAAUUUUUUUUUAUUUUUUUUUAUUUUUUGGGUUAACUUUGAACUGUGGUUAUUUAUGUUAAUAAUGCUUUCAUUUAAUUGUCAACACAUAUAAACGGUCGUCAGUUCAUGUCAUUAUGAAGUAAUACAAUGUCAUGUUCAAUAUUGGCCUUCUUCCUUAAGGAAACAUGUUUCUUGGUGUGGUGUAUGGGACCGCAUGUUAUACAA